UCCACUCGGUAGACGUUGCUGUUGUACAAGGCACUCAGUUGGUAUCGGCACGCCAUUGUGACUGUGAAGUACUGCACCCUACUCUUCUCUCACACAGUCUUUAAAACAACGACAAAGGGAAACAACGAUGGCUUCGGACUCUUGGGCCCAGGCUGUUGACGAACAGGAAGCGGGAGCAGAAUCAGUAAAUAUUGGAAACCUUCAACUAAAGGAUGCACCUGGAGAAAACGCAGGCAGUACUUUUGGAAAGUCAGAAGCGGGAGAUAAGACUCCAGGAAAGACUACAGAUGAAGAUGACCGUGAAGACAAAGCGGCCCAGUCAUUGUUGAACAAGUUAAUCAGAAGUAAUCUUGUCAACACCACAAAUCAAGUUGAAGUUCUUCAGAAGGAUCCCAACUCUCCACUGUACUCUGUAAAAUCCUUUGAGGAGUUGCGACUUAAACCACAGCUCCUUCAGGGUGUCUAUGGCAUGGGUUUUAACCGGCCCUCCAAAAUCCAGGAGACCGCCUUACCCAUGAUGCUCGCUGAACCUCCACAGAAUCUAAUCGCCCAGUCUCAGUCAGGAACAGGAAAAACCGCUGCCUUUGUGCUUGCCAUGCUCAGCCACGUCAAUCCAGACCACAAAUAUCCCCAGUGCCUGUGUUUGUCACCCACCUAUGAACUGGCGCUUCAGACUGGCAAAGUCAUUGAGCAGAUGGGCAAAAACUACCCUGAAGUCAAACUAGUUUACGCCAUACGAGGAAAUAGGCUGCAGCGAGGCGUGAAGCUUCAGGAACAGAUAGUCAUUGGCACGCCCGGCACCAUGCUGGACUGGUGCAGCAAAUUGAAGUUCAUUGAUCCCGAGAAGAUUCAGGUGUUUGUGCUGGAUGAGGCUGAUGUCAUGAUCGCAACGCAGGGUCACAAAGACCAGAGUAUUCGCAUCCAGAGGAUGCUGCCCAGAAACUGCCAGAUGUUGCUGUUCUCAGCUACGUUUGAGGAGACCGUGUGGGACUUCGCCAGGCGCGUCGUGCCUGACCCAAAUAUCAUCAAAUUGAAAAGAGAGGAGGAGACGCUGGAUACUAUCAAGCAGUACUAUGUGUUGUGCAACAGCAAGGAGGAAAAGUUUGAAGCCCUGUGCAACAUCUAUGGCGCCAUCACCAUAGCCCAGGCUAUGAUUUUCUGCCAUACAAGGAAGACCGCAGGCUGGCUGGCGGGAGAGCUUUCCAAAGAGAACCACCAGGUGGCGCUGCUUAGCGGGGAGAUGCAAGUAGAGCAGAGGGCAGCUGUCAUUGAACGCUUCCGGAAUGGAAAGGAGAAGGUGCUUGUCACCACAAAUGUCUGUGCCAGAGGAAUUGAUGUGGAGCAGGUAUCGGUGGUGAUCAAUUUUGACCUGCCUGUAGACCAGGAGGGUAACCCAGACAACGAGACAUACCUGCAUAGGAUUGGCCGCACGGGUCGGUUCGGCAAAAGGGGGCUGGCCAUCAACAUGGUGGACAGCAGAAUGAGUAUGAACAUUCUCAACAGGAUCCAGGAGCAUUUUAGUAAGUAUUCAUCCUUGCCAUUAUCUAUUGUAUUGGCCAGGUUCAAUGUAGUGUAUAUAUAUACACAUAUGUGCAUUUUUAUUCGUCCACUGGAGGAAAAAACACUCGCUGUUUUUCUCUUUUCCAGAUAAGAAAAUUGAAAAACUCGACACACACGAUCUGGAUGAAAUUGAGAAAAUCGCCAAUUGAAAGACAAGUGUGCUGACAAAGUGGACGCCAGCUAGACUUGCGCUCUGCAAAGACUGUAUGCUUCUUUAUGCUGGCUUUUUAAGUUUGUAUUUUAAGCCGUUAGGGUGGAGGGGGCAAAACCACAUAUACUGCACGUUUACAUACACUUCAGUCUGUGGAACAUACCCUAUUUCACUCUUUUUACUAUAAUAAAAUUUGAUUUUGUAAUGCUGAAAAAGCUUAACUGUCAAGUAACUCCUAAAACCCCAUUUGACUCUGCUGUUCAAACAUAUAUGAACAGUUUUCAUGAAUGUAUCCUCUUUAGGUCAUUACAACAUUGACAGUGUGUCGAAAGGGUGAAGUUGGGUAUACUGCUGCUCUGAGUGCCGGGGUGUCAUUUUGGGUGAUGACUGAUGGAUGGAUUUUAGGGUCUAUGCAAAUUUAGAGUAUACUCACAUGAAAGAAAUGAAAUUAACCUCAAUUUAUCUUCAGGGUGCGUAGCCAAAUGCCAAAAUGGAGAUGACCUGACAAAUAACUCCUCAACAUUUUAAAUAAUUCUGGAGUAAAGCCCAGUCACGCGUCCCUCACAAUUUUAUUUAUAGAGUGUUAAGACUACUCAGCUGUAACAUGUAGUUGUUUUUAAACAUGUCAAGUGAUUCUUGUUUUUUUUUUAAAAGAUUUGAACCAUUAAGUUUCCAUGUGAUUUUGUCUCACAAUCUCCUCAGUCAGGGUUGGACUUGUGCGCCAUUCUUCAUUCAAACUACAAAGUUUUCAAUGAUUGUGAGUGAGAUAAAUACACAAAGCCUUCCUCAAGUGCAUUAUGUAUUCAUAUACUUUUGUUAUUGGUAAUCCAAAAUAUUGGACUUCACAUGCUGAAUGACACUUGAAAUUUGUAUCUAUUGAACUCUUAAACCAAAUGCUGAAUUGACUUGAGGACCUAUGCCAAUCAGAUUUACUAUGUUAAAAAAACAUGGUCGCAUAAUAGAGGCCGUGUACUUGUGUACACAUUUAAAAUCUACGGGGACAAAUAAAUUGUGUGACUUAUUUAGUGUCACUUCUGAGAAGUGCAAAAACACAUUCCUCAUGAGGUUCAACUUUAACUGUCGCAGUUUUAGAGAAGAAGAAAAAAAAAAGAUUGGCUGUAUGUAUCAGUGACUGAACAUGUGAGAUCAGUCCUUCAAAUCAUUGAAGGACUGUAAAGGGUCAGAAUGAACCUUCAACAAACCUCAUUUGGUUCCCACUGGCACUGUCAACACUGGUGGCGGUGGUCCGCUUUUAUUCAUUCCUGUUUGCAGGAAAUACAUGCAGCCAAAUUUAAGGCUUGAGUACUAAAUAUCCACAUGGAUCAUCUGUGAAAACAAAACCGUGUAUGCAGUUUCAUUUGGAUGUAGCGUAACACAUGGUGGGCAUGUGUGUGUGGUAUGCCACGGUCUGUUUAGAUGCGCACACAGCAGAAACACUCCCCAUGUUGUAAACCAUGUUUGAUAUUAGAAGAUACCUUUGUGUUCAUGGACACACAGGAAGUAGUCUUAAGAGUAAUGUGUUUAGAACAAGAUCAGCUCAACUGUUUGUGUGGUCGAAAAGUUGAGCUGCGGAUACGGUCAUGUAUUCAUUUGAAUAAAAAUGUGUAGGUGGUCAACUGUUUGCAGCGUCCUAUGUGUCAUACAACAAAAACAGUAUUAACCAGAGAGGCUUAAAUAAAAACUUUAUUAAAGGAG